AUGGCGACCAUAGAUCCCAAUCUCGACCCCAAACACACACCUCCGAAAGAGAUCAACGAAGAAGAUUGGAGCGAUUCCUCAGACGAUAGCGAUGUCGAAACUCCAAGAACCGACGGCGGGGCCGCCCAACAGCAGGAGCCGCAGCAGCAGGUAGAAUGGCUUGCCACCUCGCGCGCGAAGCGAUCCACGGCCGGUAACCGCAUGAAGUCGAUGCUCGCCAACGAGGAGCCCGCCGCCGAAGACUCGGAUCUCGAACUGCUCUUUGCCGAAGACGAAGACGACGCCGGCUUUACCGACGAAGACAAGGAUGACGCGUCCGACGUGCAUAUGGACUCGUCCUCGGACGACGAAGACGACAAGGAGGGCGCUGCCGCCGACGACCUCGAGGGCGAGAAGGAGCUGGAGCGCCAGGCACGGGAGAAGAGAAACGCGCAACGGAAGAGAAAAGCCCAGGAGGCUAUUCCCAUGAAGUUCAGGAAAAAGGUCCGCAUCGAGCAGCCGCCGUCAGUCUCAGCAGGGGAUAGUGCCGCUGGCAGUCCUGCCCCGUCGACGACAGGCACUACUCCUGCUCCUGCCUCCUCCGCCCGGCAAGGACCGACACCGCGCCCGCCUAGACCCAAGAAAAAGUCGGAAAGGACGAGCUGGUUGCCAACCCCGGCCGAUAUGCCCACGCGAGCGUCCGAGCGCAGGACGACCAAGAUGAGCAAGGAACAGCUUCACCAGAAAAUGAUCGACGACGAGAUCCGCCGGAAGAAGCUGAUGGAAAAGAUGGAGAAAAAUGCAAAGAGACUAGAGGCAUUGAAGAAGCCACCAAUGACACAGGCGGAGCGGUUGGCCGAGGCGGCUUUGGUGGAAAAGAGGAAUGAGAAGAGCUUGAAUAGAUGGGAAGAGGCGGAGAAGGUGAGGGAAGAAGAACGCUUGAGAAAGAUUGCGGCCCUAAACAAUCGCAAGCUGGACGGUCCGGUGGUCACUUUUUGGAGUGGUAUCCAGACUUUGGAGGAAGGACAACAAAAACACGUUGGCAAGAUGGUGUCCAUGGAGGAAAAGCCCGUUAGGAGGAAGAGGCAAUCUGUUAGCGCUACUCUUGCUGCGCAGGAGGCGGCUGAGAAAGAGAAGGCAAAGGCUGAGGAAGCUUCUAAGCAAGCAUCAUCGAAUGAGAAGGGGGAUAUUCCGAUGACAGAGGCGGUCCCCAAAGAGGAACCUAAGGCGGAAACACCAGUGGAAAAAGCAGGCUCAUCAACAACAUUGCCUGAACAGCCAAAGGAACCAAUGUCAACUCCAGACGUUGUUAUGAAGGAUGCGCCGGAACAGCCACAACAAACACAACAGACACAACUGCCAAAACCCUUAACACUCGCACCUCUUCGAGGACCAAUGGCCCCGCCACCUAUCCCCCCUCCGCCGCCGCCGCUCGAAACGAAGCCCACGCCUUCAUCAGGGGUUCUAGCCGCUCCUGUCCUGGCCCCGCCAGCAGGAGUUGCGCCCCCUAUGCUCGAUGCCCAGAUGCCCGGACUUGCGUUUCCCUUUAGCAACGGGAUGUCAAACGUUCUUGCACCGCCCAACACUACUUCGCCUCUUUCAAUGCCCCAGUCUUCCGGAGGGUUGAGCGCUCCUACGCCUGCGCCAGCGCCUGCUCCAGCUCCAGCUUCAGCUCCAGCUCCUCCUGUCAUGUCUGCGCCGGUGAUAUCGGCCCCUUCCACGACUCUCACCUUUGCGCCCACACAUAUACCGGCACCUACUCCUGCUGUUGGUCUACCUCCUCGUGAUACAUCUUCACCAGCCACCAAAGUAAUUACAACUACUAUUCAGACUAAGCAGGCACCGACGCCUCCUUCACGGGCUGCCAAUGUUAGCCCCAAGAAAUCAAACAAGGAGAAUAAACCGGCUACAGCAAAGAAGGACGACAAGGGCGAGGAGAGCAACAAGGAAAAUAAACCGGAAAAUGCGGGGAAGGGACCGGAUGGACCCCAAGAAGGGUCAGCAGUGCCCGCUGAUCAACCUGCCGCUGAAGGAGAAGAAGGGAAAACGGUCAACAAAGUCACCCGUAGCUGCAUCAUCCUCCAGAACUUCGAUGAAGCCGCCAUCAAGGACAAGCAAGUUCAGACGCAGAUUAUUUUUGGGAGGAGGAUGGAGAAGCUUGCCAAACCCGCUCACCCUCCACUCUGCGUCGUAACCGGCCAUCCAGCCCGCUACCGAGACCCCAAGACUGGUCUUCCGUACUACAACGCCUACGCCUAUCGGGAGAUCCAGCGCGUGCACAGGGGUGACUACAAAUUCAGCGCACUGCUAGGAGCGUACGUAGGCAGCGGCACGUACGCAGCCAAGGGCGUGCCAGAAAGGUUCCUGAACCCCAACGGAAAGCGAUCAACACCAAAAGAAGAUCCAGCGAAGCUAGCCAAGCUGAAAGAGGCACAGGAAGCAGAGAAAGAGAAAGAGAAGGAGAAGGAGAAGGAGAAAGAGAAACAGGCUGCUUCUGAGCAAAAGACCGCUAAGGAGGUUGAGGCCUGUGAUAGAGAUAAAAAGCUGGAUAAUGUCCAAGCCACGGAGCUACCGCCGCUGAGGGAACCAAAACUACCGCACUUGCCACGAAGGGCGAGUGGCACUGAUGUGCUUACAAAAGCGAGGAGCAAAAGCAAGGAUACGAUACCACCCGAACUGAAGCGGAAAACAUCUACGUCCUCGUUACCGGCGACGAUGACGAUGUCGAUGACGGGGCCGGUGGUGCAGGCUAAGUUGGAGCCGAUUGAUGAUGUUGCUCUUCCACCUGCUAAAGCGGCAAGUGCUCCUGCUCCUGCGCCGCCUAUUUCUAUUUUUAAGCCAACGGCGGCGAAGACAACAGGGGCAGCAGCGAAACAAUCACCAGCACCACAACUGUCAACGCCAACGCCACCAUUGCAAACGCAAGCUCAGUUCAAGCUCGUGGAUGACGCGGAGGUACAAGCACCACAGCAGAAACAAACACCACUGGCAGCACCACAGGCGGAAUCGACUUCAUCAAGCUCACAGUCAACACCCAAAGCAGCAACACAAACACAACUGCAAGGCCAGCUUUCGAAGAAUCAUGCUGCAACUCCCAAUCCAGCUCCAGCUCCAGCUCCAGCUCCAACCACGCCAGCCGAGCAAAAGAUCCAACCAGCAGCAUAA